AUGCAAACUCCAGCCUUCAUCACCUUCGCCCUCGCUGCCACGGCCUCAGCGCUGGCACAGCCCGGCCCGGCCGUGACUGCCGCUCCACUCCUAGCGCGCGAUACGGAGGAAUGCGCUAAGGGAGCUUCACGCAUUUUGGACAACAUGCCUCCUUUUCCCACCGGCGCCCUUGGGAGCUGGGUUGCUGAACACGACGCCCUCCAAGCCGUUCAGAGCGCAAUCGACAGUGGUGACAAUAUCGACAACGCCGAUCAGCUCUGCAAGGCUAUGACGAGCACGUUCCCUACGCCGCCAGCGUCGUUGUCGAGCUCCUGGAGCAGCUAUAACAGCCGGAUGUCCGAUUGGCAAUCCAGCGCCGCCCCCACCAUCAGCAGUGUCGCCGCCCAAUGUACCGACGACGGCGCCGCCGGCAUCCUCGGCGCCGGCCUGGAACUUGUCCUGGCUACGGACGUGGCCCAGUGCACCAACGCUGUCAACCGGUACAACAAAGCCCUUGGCAACGCCGCCUCAGGUACCCCGAGAUAUGUUGCCGCCGUUGCUGGCAUCGCCGGCUUGGCUGCCACUUUUCUUUUCCUCUAA